GAGGCAGGUAACCUCACAAAAGUGUGGAUAAUGGUAUUUUUUCACACUCUUAUCAGGAAAAUCUCAACAAUCCGGAGAAUGGUGACUCUCGUGACUUUGCAAAAUGGGCAGAAAAUGCCCCAGCUGGGUUUGGGAACAUAUCUGUCUCUCGAAGGGGAAUGUGAGGAGACCACCAAGUACGCAAUUGACAUAGGAUAUCGUCAUUUGGACACUGCCUUCUCGUACAAGAAUGAAAAAGAAGUCGGUCGAGCUGUGAAUGCAAAGAUAGCCGAAGGAGUUGUGAAGAGAGAGGACGUCUUCUUGGUGACAAAGCUCAGCAAUAUUCAUCAUGAUCCGGAAAAUGUGGAAGCAGCCUGUCGCAAAUCUCUUGCUAAUUUAGGGCUGGAUUACAUUGAUUUGUACUUGAUGCAUACACCAAUGGGCAUGGAGUAUCAUGGAGAUGAAGACACUGCACCCAAGAGUACUGCAGGUGAACUCCUCUUCACCACGACCGAUUACUUGGAUACUUGGCGAGCUAUGGAGGGUCUCCUGGAUAAGGGCCUCGUUCGCAGUAUUGGCAUAUCGAACUUUAAUAGUUCCCAAAUAACACGUCUCCUUGCCAACUGUACGGUGAAACCUGUGGCCAAUCAAGUGGAGUGUAAUCCCGGCAUAAAUCAAGGACCAUUGAGGAAUUUCUGUGCCAAGCACGAUAUUGCUCUGAUUGCGUACAGCCCCUUGGGAAGACCUCACUAUGCUGCAAAAAAUCCCAACUUCCCUCGUCCGGCUCUAUUAGAUGAGAAAGUAAUUGCCCUGGGAAAGAAGUAUGGUAAGACUCCUGGACAGAUUAUUCUGCGCUUUCUGGUCCAGCUGGGUGCAACUCCCGUUCCAAAGUCUGCAAAUAAGCAACGGCUGAAGGACAAUAUUGAGAUUUUUGAUUUUGAACUAAGCCCGGAGGAUCUCUGCACUAUGCAAUCCUUCAAUUCUGGUGAGAGAACGUGUCCUUUUACAGACUACACCACACACAAGUUCUUCCCGUUCCACGAUGAAUUCUAAAUUGAGCUCCCGGGAUGAUUUUCCAGCAAUUUUCAGAGAUUCCAGAAAUAUGAAUUUUUACCCUUGCAACCGUUGAGAUUCAAAGCAAUCACGCAAAAAUAUAUGAUUUGACGAUAA